AAAAAAAAAAGAACAUAUUUUGUGUUUGGGGACAUACACAUCCGCUCUUGGCGUCUUUCAAAUCUUUGAUAAAGAGAGAGAAACGACAGAGACAGAGGUGUCGAAUUUGUUUGCUGUUAUGGAAUUUUGCUGCUGACAGAGACAUAAAGAAACAGAGAGAGAGAGAGAGCGAGCGAGCGAUCGAUUUAGUAGGGAUCGUUGAAAGCUAAAAGGGAAUAAAAAUGGUUGGAUCAGACGAGAACAAACACGGAGUUGUUGGACCCGUGAAUGGGCAGACACGAAGAGCACUCAGUAACAUAAACAAGAACAUCAUCCGAGCUCCUCUUUACCCCUGCGCUGUCAACAAGAGACCAUUGUCCCAGAAAAAUGGGAUAUGCCACAAGAAGAUUCCACCUGUUCCUGUGCAUCGACCAAUCACAAGGAAGUUUGCUGCUCAAUUAGCUGAGAACAAACCCCAGAUACAUAAACAACAGGAAACCAAGCAAUCAGACUCGAUCGAUAGAAUCAUAAUAGAUGCGGAAGAAGAUGGAGAUUUUAACGAGCCAAUGUUUGUUCAACAUACUGAAUCCAUCCUUGAUGAAAUCGACAGAAUGGAGGGUAUUGAAAUGGAAGAUGAAGAAGAAGAGACUGUGAUGGAUAUAGAUAGCUCUGACAAGAACAAUCCUCUAGCUGUGGUCGAAUACAUCCCUGACAUAUAUGACUUCUACAAGAACAAUGAGUGUCUUAGCUGCGUGCCAACUAACUACAUGGAGAAUCAACCUGACAUUAACGAGAGGAUGAGAGGCAUCCUUGUUGAUUGGUUGAUUGAGGUGCAUUACAAGUUUGAGCUGAUGGAAGAGACCCUUUACCUCACAAUCAACCUCAUCGACAGGUUUCUCGCGGUUACUCAACAUGUCCCAAGGAAAAAGCUUCAGCUUGUUGGUGUAACAGCUAUGUUACUCGCUUGCAAGUACGAAGAAGUCUCGGUUCCUGUUGUUGAUGAUCUCAUCGUGAUCUCUGACAAGGCUUACACAAGGAGAGAAGUUCUUGACAUGGAGAAGUUAAUGGCGAAUUCAUUGCAGUUCAACUUCUGUCUGCCAACUCCGUAUGUGUUCAUGAGGAGGUUUCUCAAAGCUGCACAAUCUGAUAAAAAGGUGGAGCUUCUAUCGUUCUUUAUUAUCGAGCUUUGCUUAGUUGAGUACGAGAUGCUUCACUACGUUCCUUCUCAGUUAGCUGCUUCAGCGAUCUACACUGCUCAGUCCACGCUUAAAGGAUUCGAGGAGUGGAACAAGACCUGCGAGUUCUACACAGGCUACACUGAAGAAAAGCUUAUGGAAUGUUCGAGGAAGAUGGUUGGCUUGCAUCACAAGGCAGGGAUAGGGAAGCUAACAGGUGUUUACAGAAAGUACAACACAUCCAAGUUUGGAUAUGCUUCAAGAACUGAACCAGCUGGGUUUCUUCUCCUGUAAACCAACGGUUUAGGUCACACUGAAUCGUCUGUAAUGACUAAGGGAAAGAGAGAGAGAGAGAGAGAGAGAGAGAGAGAGAGAGAGAGAGAGCAACAUAAGUUGCAUAAGCUUGAGUGACAAUUGUUUGGUUAUUUGCAUUAUGACAAAGAGUUUCACUUACUGGUGACUAGUCGAUCAUAAUAUUUUCUUUGUAUAAUAAAACUCAUUGUUAGCAAGUUUUA